UAAAAAUAGUAAACCCCAACUCUACCAAAUUCCCAGGUGUUGUCCUCCUCCCUACACUUCUCUUCCUCAAUUCCCCCCUCCUCUCUUUGCUUCCUCAUUUCCGUCUUACCAAACUGAAAGCUCCCCAAAUUUCCUUUUUAUUUUUCACGUAAAAAAGCUAAAAGAAUAUAUUAUUAAUAUUGUGAAAAAUAAGUAGUGCUGUAUGUGAAUGAAGAAGGAUGAUUUGGACCUUUGGUUCUCCUUUCUUCUUCACUCCUCUUAACCCAAACAAACCACCAUCAAUAAAAGCAUCCUAAAUUUUUUUCCCUCUUUUUUAUUUUAUUCUAUUUUCUUGAAAAUCUUUUUAACUUUGAUUUUGAUUCAAAAAAAUUCCUCUUUCUCUCUCUCUCUCUCCCUCCCUCUCCAGAAUGCAAAUCCCCUACACUUAGUCCCACCAUAACUCCCCUAAAACCCUCACCCCGAUCUCUCCCUAUUCCACCAUGUCCCUCGAUUCCUCCCCUUCCCUUCCGAUCCCUCCCGACCCACCCCAAAACGACACCCUUCCCGCCCAAAACGACACCCAGACAACCCAAACCCCAGAAACCACCGCCGCUAACGCAACAACGCCAACGCCGACGCCACCGUUAACAAGAAGCAAUCGCCCGUCGCGGGCUUGUACAAUCCGAGCCGCCCAGCGGCUCUACGCGCAGCAACAGCAAGCCGCGAUCGAGCGGCGACAGAAGCCGGCAAAGAAAGAGCAGCAACACCAACACAAGGACGAGAAUGAUGGUUCUUCGUCGCCGCAGCAGCAAUGCAGCGGUAGUAGCAAGAUCGUUACUCCGUUAGUUGGGCCGCCGGAGCCGUCACAGUUGCCUAGGUGGAGCAUUCGGUCUAUGUGGGAGUUAGCUUCAGUACUUAAUUUCUUGCAUGUCUUCAGGCCGCUUUUGAAUAUAAAUGCGGAGUUCUCGGCGGAGGAGUUUGAGACAGCGUUGAUUACGCCUAAUGAUACUUUGGGAGAUAUUCAUAUACCUUUGUUAAAGGCAAUCCCUCCAAUUACUCGGAUGGCCCUUACACGUGAUACCUGGGUUACUGUUCUUUGCAGAAAACUAAGAGACUGGUGGCAUUGGGUUGCAGAUGGGGAUCUUCCCAUUGUUGCUUCACACGGGGUGGAGGUUGAAGUAUACAAGUCACUUGAUCCUGGAGUUCGUGUUGUGAUCUUGAAAGCACUAUGUGACAUUCGUGUUGAGCAAGAAGACAUCCGGAACUACAUUGACAACUCACUUAAACAUGGUGUUCAACUUUCAGCCUUUCGUAAAGAACGUGUUGGAGGUGAUUCUCAGGGAAUUAGUUACUGGUAUGAAGAUGAUCCCGCUGUUGGUCAUCGCUUAUACCGGGAAAUAAGGAAAGUUGAGUUUAAGAAAGCCAAGAUGAAAGGUUCGCAUGUGCCUAAUAGCACAACAUAUCUGUGGGAGACAGUUGCAACGAAUUUGGAAGAAUUUCAAGAUGCUUCUGAGAAACUUUUUGCCAGUAAAAAUAGAACAGAGGCUUCGGUAGGGAAGAAGUUAAAGAAUGACAUGCUUCCUGAGAUUGAAAAGGAACACAAGAGAAAGGAGAGGUUGCUGAAAAAACAACAUAGACAAGCUCUUCUUCUUGAUAACUUCUUGGCUGUUGACGGGCUUGCUCCAGGACGCUCCCUUCGGGACAGAAAACCUGUCACUUACACGUUUGAUGAUUAUGAUCGGUCAAUAAAUGAGGCUAUUAAGAUCACCAAGCGGAAACCACCAUCCCCAGAUCCUCUCAAUAGAAGAGAUGUUGCCAAACCUGAGCCUUCUGCAAAUGGUAAAUUGAGUGGUCCCUCGUAUGCCGCUGAACAGGACAAUUACAAUCUACUGUCCCCCAAAUCACCUGAAUAUGAUGAUUUUGAUGAUAAUAAAUCUGGGGAUUUGGAUCGUAGCAAUCGGCGGAGGCAGAGACCUCAACGAUAUUCAGCAAAGGAAUUCGUUGAAGCUGUCUCAGAUAACGAGGCUGACUUUGACAGUGAUGAUGAUAUAGUUGGGGAAGCUAUAUAUGAUGAGGAAUACUUGAGAAAACGAAAACAGAGGAGAAGGCAAUCCAGCAGCUCUGAAGGAGAUGAGGAAUACCAAUGGGAAGAGGAAAAUGCUGAAGAUGAGGAGGAAGAAGAAGAAGAAGAGGAUUCGUUAAGUAUCAGUGAGGACAGUGAUGAGGCCCCAAAAUUCAAGAAAUUGCCUGGCCGCACUCGGAGGGAAACAAAAUUAAGGUCAGUUGAUGAGCUUCAGUCAGGUCUAAGACGUAGUAAAAGAGCCACCAGAAAUCGUAUUAAUUAUAGACAGUAUGAGCUGUCAGAAUCUGAAACAGAGUCAAAACCAGAAAAGUCCAAUCCAUCAGAUGAACACUCAGAUGCAAGUGAGAAUGAGGAGUAUUCAGCAGGAAGUCAAGAUUCCAAUGGCACUGAUGAUGACCAGGAAAUGAAAGUUGAUCCGCCUGUGGCAGGUAACUCUGAGACAGUAGAGAAAGAGCAAAGCCAGCCACCAGAGCAAUCAAAUGGCCUUGGGCAAGAUGAAGCAGAUGGUGUACGAAAAAGACGCUUCCUUGACCUAAAUGAGCUUGCUCCUGGUUCUGGUUUUGAUGAUGGUCCAAACACAAUAAUGAAAGAUGAUGGCAGAAAUGAUUUCUAGAGCUUCCGUCUCUGCUGGAGAGCAAGGGUUGUAAUUUUCUCCUGCGGAAGCUAAGUGUAUGAUAGUAAAAUUUAUAAAUUUUGCAGUAAGCCUAUAGAGGAAGUUAUGGUCAGCGUUCCUCCGGGGCUUUAUUCCACCUUGAUGCAAUUCAUUCAGGGUUUGCAGCAGGGAAGCAACAUGAUGAGAGUUAUGUAGAUUAGGUAGUCAUUUUUUAGCAUGUCUACAUUGAAAGAAACCUGCGGCGGGUCGAUGGGAAUUUGGGGAUUCGUUCGGAGCUCUUUUAGCUUAUCCAAAUUAAUGUACAAUAACCUUUUAACUAAUAUUGUAACUGAGAAAAUUGGCUUUAGAUGUCAAGCCCUGUAGUUUUUUAAUAUUUUAUUACCCUCGGGCUUCUGGGUUGGUUGGGCCCCUCCGAUAGAAUGAUUUGGUUUUCUCUGUAAUUGUAAUGGAACCAUCCUCCCAUAAAAGGUGUUUAGCGUUUCCUUUGUUCAAAUCACUCUGUAAUAUUCCUAUGCUCUUACGCUCA